CUGUAACCAAACAAGCUUCCAGGAACUAACAUAAAGCCGGCGUGAGGUGGGGGGGCGCCACGACAAUCUCGUGUUUCGCCGGCUGAUUUUCGGCACUCUUCUUCAGUUCAAAGUUCACUACGUGCAGCACUUCAAGGCCGGGUUAUCUGCCCGUUUCCGGCCACGGUUGCUUCCGCCAGUCCGGAGGCUUUCUACCCGCCGCAUUUAUUUGUCUCCAACCCGUUUCGCCGCGGCCAUACGCCCCGGCACUGGAGCCUCGCGAGACCAACGCUCGACCAAGUCAUUUCGGGCCAGCCACCGUCUGGUUCGUUUGCGGUCGGUUUAGGUUUUAUCUAAUGCUGCCAUAUGGAAACUCAAAGUCAGGUUGAGACUAAAACACAAAAAAGGAUGCUUCCUCCACCACCAGGAAAGUUUCAAGAUCGUGAAGAACUCAUUAAACAUGUCCGUGAGUUCGGGUCUUCUCAAGGAUAUGUGGUGACUAUUAAGAAAUCCAGGAAGGACAGAAGAGUCAUCCUUGGUUGUGAUAGAGGUGGUGUUUAUCGUAAUAGGCGUAAGAUUGACGAAAGUAAGCGCAAAAGGAAAGCAUGCUCUAGGCUUAUAAAUUGUCCUUUUGAAGUCAUAGGUAAGAGGGAAGAUGAUAUUUGGGUGCUUACAAUAAGAAAUGGGGACCAUAACCAUGAACCUCUGAGGGACAUGUCAGACCAUCCUUGCAGUCGUCGUUUUACAGAGGAAGAGGUCAGGCAAAUCAAAUUAAUGACUGAAGCUGGUGUAAGACCACGUCAAGUGCUUAAAGUUCUCAAGCAAAGCAAUCCAGAGCUGCAGUCCACACCAAGGCAGUUGUAUAACCUGAAAGCAAAGAUUCGGCAGGGAAAUUUAUCAGAAAAAUGUUUCAAAUCAUGGAGACCUAACAGAUCUUCUCCUGUAACCAUUAGUUCAAGCAGGGAGUCACUGGAUCAAAACAACCAGAAGCUGAAGGUUCCUAAUUUCAUUGGGGGAAAAUUUGUUGAUUCACAAGGGUCUGCAACCAUUGACACAAUAAAUCCUGCUACACAAGAGGUUGUCUCUCAAGUUCCUGUGUCCUUGUAUGAAGAGUUCAAAGAUGCAGUUAAUGCAGCAAAGCAAGCUUUUCCUUCAUGGAAGAAUACUCCUAUAACCACCCGACAGCACAUUAUGUUCAAGCUCUUGGAGCUUAUCCACAGAGACAUUGAUAAGCUAGCUAUGAAUAUUAUCGUAGAACAGGGAAAGACAUUAAAGAGCGCUCAUGCUGAUGUUCUGCGUGGUUUAGAGGUGGUUGAACAUGCUUGUGGAAUGGCAACUCUACAAGUGGGAGAAUUCGUUCCUAAUGCAUCUAAUGGAAUUGAUACAUACAGCAUUAGAGAACCGCUUGGUGUCUGUGCUGGAAUAUGUCCCUUUAACUAUCCGGCUAUAAUUCCCUUGUGGUCUGGCUUGUAUACAUAUGCUAGGGCUGCUGCUAGAGGAAAACGUGUUCAGUCUAAUACAGGAGGCAAAAAUCUCGCAGUUGUCAUGCCUGAUGCAAAUGUAGAUGCUACUUUGAAUGCUCUAGUUGCAGCAGGAUUUGGUGCUGCAGGACAGAGGUGCAUGUCUUUGAGUACAGCCAUAUUUGUUGGAGGAUCAGUACCAUGGGAAGACGAACUGGUGAAGCGUGCCAAAACACUUAAAGUAAAUGCUGGAAUUGAUCCUGAUGCAGAUAUUGGUCCAGUUAUUAGUAAAGAGGUGAAGGAUUGGAUAUGCAGAGCAGUUCAAAGCGGUGUUGACAGUGGUGCAAGGCUUCUUCUUGAUGGCAGAUAUGUUUCGGUUCUGGGAUAUGAGAAAGGAAGUUUUGUUGGUCCCACCAUCUUAUGUGAUGUUACUGUUAACAUGGAAUGCUACAAGGAAGAAAUUUUUGGGCCACUUCUUCUGUGCAUGAAGGCAGACAGUAUUGAAGAAGCUAUAGACAUUGUAAACCGGAACAGGUCUGUCAAUGGAGCUUCCAUAUUCACUACAUCUGGGUAUGCUGCUAGGAAGUUCCAGAAUGAAAUUGUGGCUGGGUUGGUUGGGGUCAAUGUUCCUGUUCCAGUUGCAACGCCUUGUCCUAUAUUUAAUGGUUCCACAGCAUCCUUUGGUAACGAUCUUAAUUUAUUUGGAAAGGCAGGUAUGCAUUUUUACACUCAGAUCAAGACAGUGGCACAACAGUGGAGGGACUUGCCUUUCUCUUCUGAGAUGGAUACGACCACCCGAGGAAUGUCUUCGCUGUUGCCUCUCUCAUCUGGGAGAGAUUCACCUCGUCUAAGAAUAUCAUCAGCUGUGUCUCUAGCAUCAGAGAGCAAUUCACCUGGCCACAGGGUAGAGAGAGAGAUACAGAACUCAGGAAUUUCAUCUAUGCCUUCAACAACAGAUGGAGAUUUAUCAAGUGAGGAGGCAUCGCUGACCAUGCCCCUAAGAUCUGAAAUUAAUUUGCCAAACCAAAGACUGUCAGUAGGUACAUCUCCAGUAACAGAGCCUGAUUUACACAGGCAAGGAGUGCCACAAACAACACAUCAGCCGCAUGAUAGAGUGUAUACUGGUCAAGCAUCUCAGUGGACUGAAACUUCAUCUCUGACAUCCCAGGGAACAGAACAUGUUCGUUCAUCUCCUGAAGGGAUAUUUAUGCCAUCAGCAUCUCAAAUCAAAGGCGUCGCGGACCCAACAUCUAAGAGGACUGAGAUUGCGAUGACUUUAACCCAUGACAGCUUGUACAUGCCUGCAUCGCAUAAGAAUGAAAAUAUGGUUUCAGUGUCGCUUAAGAAUGAAAAUAUGCCUUCAGCAUCUCACAGGACUGAUGUUACUGCACGUACAACUACCGACAGAAUAUACAUGUUGGCAACUUCUCACUUAAAUGAGACUAUGGGUCAAGCAUAUCAAAGAACUGAUGCCUCCAUGUUUCCACCUUCUGAAAGGAUGUACCUGGCACCUGCUGCUCAGAGGAACGACAUGGCUACAACUCAAAGGAAUGAUGCUGUGUUGAAUCCAACCUCCAAAAGCAUAUACAUGUCUGCACCAGCACAAAGGAAUGAUAACAUGACUUCAACUUCUCAUAGGGGUGAUGCCAUGGCUCUGAAUUCUGAGAGAAUUUAUAUGCCUCCAUUGGUUCAAAGAAAUGCCAGUAUGCCACCUUCUGAGAGAUUAUAUAUGCAGCAGCAUCUCGGGCAUGUACACUCCGAACUCAAUAAUUUCAAUGGAUGAUUUCCCAGUCAGGGGCCGUCAGUGACUUUGCCAACCUCCCGGAGGAUGUAAGAUACCGAACUUCUAAGUUUUUUAUCUUUUAGGAAUCGUGUAGACAUGGUAAUUUCAUAGUGGGGAAUAGGGUUCAGAGUUGUAAAUACCAAAUUGGUCAAAGUGCUAGUUUGCUUCUGAGCCGGAUCGGCUUGUAAUGCGCUUCUGACCUUUUUCUAUUGGAAGGCAUCUAAUUAAUACCAUUUAAAGGUAUAUAAAAUGAAACAUGAUUUAACAAAUCUUAGAAAUCAAAUUCCGGAAAUUUCUGCUGGA